AUGGACCUAACAUUCCAGGUUCCUAUGCAACACUGUUCUUUACAGCAUCAGACUUUACUUUCACCACCAGACACAUCCACUACUGGGCACUGUUUCCACUUUGCCUCAGGCUCUUCAUUCCUUCUGGAGCUAUUUCUUUGCUCUUCUCCAGUAAGCGUAUUGGAUACCUACCGACCUGAGGGGCUCAUCUUUCAGUGUCAUAUUUUUUUGCCUUUUCGUACUGUUAAUGGGGGUCUCAAGGCAAGAAUGCUGAAGUGGUUUCCAUUCCUUUCUCAAAUGGAUCAGAUUUUGUCAGUACUCUCCACCAUGACCUCUCCAUCUUGGGUGGCCUUUUUCCCCCUGUAUUGUGCUGUGCUUAGUCGCUCAGUCAUGUCCAUCUUUUUGUGA